GUGCGCGGGCCCGCGGGGCGGUGGAGGGGCGGGGCCCACGAAACUCCUCGGGCGGCAGCGAUGGCGGCUGCGUCGGGUUCAAUUCGCGUGCAGCGUUGCAUGGUGUCGCCAGCUGGGAGGCACAGCGCCUCGCUGAUCUUCCUGCACGGCUCAGGUGAUUCUGGACAAGGAUUGAGAACAUGGAUCAAGCAGGUUUUAAAUCAAGAUUUAACAUUCCAGCACAUAAAAAUUAUUUAUCCAACAGCUCCUCCCAGGCCAUAUACUCCUAUGAAAGGAGGAAUCUCCAAUGUAUGGUUUGACAGAUUUAAAAUAUCGAAUGACUGCCCAGAACACCUUGAAUCAAUCAAUGUAAUGUGUAAAGUGCUCACAGAUUUGAUUGAUGAUGAAGUAAAAAGUGGCAUCAAGAAGAAUAGAAUAUUAAUAGGAGGAUUUUCUAUGGGAGGGUGCAUGGCAAUGCAUUUAGUGUACAGAAAUCAUCAAGAUGUGGCAGGAGUAUUUGCUCUUUCUAGUUUUCUGAAUAAAACAUCUGCUGUGUACCAGGCUCUUCAGGAAAGUGAUGGUGUACUCCCUGAAUUAUUCCAGUGUCACGGCACUGCAGAUGAGUUAGUUCCUCAUUCUUGGGGUGAAGAGACAAACUCCGUGUUAAAGUCCCUAAGAGUGAGCACGAAGUUUCAUAGUCUCCCAGGUGUUUACCAUGAGCUAGGCAAAGCUGAGCUAGAAGAACUGAAGUCAUGGAUACUUCAAAAGCUUCCAGGAGAAAUGGAGAAGCAAAAUGAAUGAAUCAAGAUUGAUUUGUUGACCUACCUGUAAUGUCUUUGUGAAAAGUGGUUUUUACUGCCAAAUUAUACUUUGAUAAGUGAUAAUUAAAAUAUUGUUAUCAGUAAACAAUAUCAAGUUUACUGACUUAUUUACUGGUUAUUGAAAUGCUUAGCACCACAGAGAGUAGCAUCAUCUUAUUCAUGGUAAAUAUUAAUUUAGACAGACAUCUGUGUGUUAUUUUUCAGAUACAUUUGUAAAUAUUUGGAGACCUUUUAAGUAAUUAAAUGAUUAAAUUUUAAAAAUAAUGUAAAGUUGGUUUAAGUAAGAGCAAUGAGAAAACAUGAAAAGGCUUAACAUGGCAUUUUAUUUACAAGUGUCCUAUUUUGUUUCCAAAUAUUCAGGAAUAUUUUAGAUGUGUUUAUUAUUGAUUCCUGAUUUAAAUCCAUUGUGGCCAGAGAGCAUAUUUUGUGUUACUGUUUUAUCUGUAUUCAUGAAGGUUAUUGGCUUGAAGUUUUGCUAUUUAAUUUGUUUUGUACAUUUUUUGGUCUGGUUUUGGUAUCAGGGUAAUACUGACCUUGUAAAAUGAAUUGGGAGGUGUUUUCUCCUCUUCUGUUUUUUUGGGAGAAAUUGUAUAGAAUUGGCAUUAAUUUUUACUUUAAAUUUUUGUUGAAAUUCUGUAGUGAAA